GUAAGUCACAUAGAGACGCGUCGGGUAGAGGGACGCGCCCCAUGAUUUCAAGCGGGAAUUUCCGGCUCCAAAGCGGUUCUUGCUUACCUUCCUUUGUUGCUGGUUUUUCCCGUCUCCCUCGAGGAGGAAGCGAGAGCCGCUCUCCCAAAGCCGGGAAGAAACCCCAAGUUUCAUCACAGCUGUGACCAGGAAUCCACCGUGAUAGAAGUUGAAAGAAUAGCUGGCCACAAAAAUUUCCUUGAGGACUCUUAUCAGAACACUGUAAAACAUGGUGGAUUAUUAUGAAGUUCUAGGAGUGCAUAAACAUGCCUCACCAGAAGAUAUUAAAAAAGCGUACCGUAAACUAGCACUGAAAUGGCACCCUGACAAAAAUCCAGAUAACAAAGAGGAAGCUGAGAGACAAUUCAAGCAAGUUGCUGAGGCUUAUGAGGUGCUGUCAGAUGCUAAAAAGCGGGAUGUCUAUGACAAAUAUGGAAAAGAAGGGCUAAAUGGAGGAGGAGGUGGAAGCCAUUUUGACAGUCCAUUUGAAUAUGGUUUUACAUUCCGGAAUCCAGAGGAUGUCUUCAGAGAGUUCUUUGGUGGAAGAGACCCAUUCUCUUUUGAUUUCUUUGAAGAUCCUUUUGAUGACUUUUUUGGGAACCGAAGAGGGCCGCGUGGAAACAGAAGCAGAGGCGGUGGUUCAUUUUUCUCUGCCUUCAGUGGAUUUCCUGCCUUUGGGAGCGGUUUUUCUUCCUUUGAUACAGGUUUUACUUCAUUCGGUUCUCUUGGCCACGGAGGCCUUACUUCGUUCUCCUCCACGUCAUUUGGUGGUAGCGGAAUGGGUAAUUUCAAAUCCGUAUCGACUUCAACUAAAAUAGUUAAUGGCAGAAAAAUCACUACAAAGAGAAUUGUUGAGAAUGGACAAGAGAGAGUAGAAGUUGAAGAAGAUGGCCUGUUAAAGUCUUUAACAAUAAAUGGUGUUGCUGAUGAUGAAGUUCUUGCAGCAGAAUGCACUCGCAGAGGACAAAAUGCCUUGCCUUUCCAGCCGGCUAAUGUCCGUUCUCCAAAGUCCCUGAAGCCUGCCACCUACCCCAAGCAUGUCUUUCACUGUAGUAGCGAUGAGGAUGACGACUUGGUGAUGACCAACUGGGAGAGCCCCUUGUAUUCAUCAGGUGUGCACAAAACAGGGCAUGAGAAGCUGGACACAAAGAAGUCAGCAAGCGGAAGAAGCAGAAGCUGAGGGAGGAACAGAAGAAGAAGAAAUCGGCCAAGGCACCAUAUUAAAAUGGAUUCUGAUGUCCCCAGACGUUGUCCUUUUGUUGUUCUACCGUUUGAUCCCACCCAGGUUCCUGGUGCAUAUAUUUCUUAUGGCUAUUCUCACUUAGCAAAUGAGAUAACAAUUAAAAUACACAACAGUUGCACUAUUAUGCUUGAGCACCACAGACUUGUUGACAUUUCAGUUUAAGACACCCCAGUUAGAAACUCCCACUAGAGAAGUCAGUGUUAAGGGUCAGGAUGUCAAAUACCAUAAAAGAGAGCAGAUUCUGACUAGAAAUGUUGAAGAAAUAGUAACGCAGUGGGGCAUUUUCAUCUCUUCCUGUCCUGGGUUUAGCAUGUUUAUUCAAAGACUGCUAGGGUUGUAAACAAUAUUGUUAUUUUUUAAACAUAGCCAUCAUGGACAUUUUUUGAUUUCUGAAAUAACAGCUGAGAAACUUUCAGGGUUUUGGUUUUUAUUUUACAUUUAUUUACCCCAAUGGGAAAAGUGGUUGAUUUUCCUUUCUGACCUGUGCUAUUAUUUAUGUAUGUUGCAUUACAAAUAGCAUCCUGUAAUGAUUUAAGAGAAUAGGUUCACAAUGAACUACUUUGGGAGAUAGAUGCUGGUGAGCAUAUUAUGAUUCCUAGAUCUCCAUCAAGACAAAUAGUAGCAGCCUUGGAAACGGUACAUGACUUUCAUUGAUUGGAAAUAAUCAGACGUUAGAAAUUGUGUGUGUGUGUAUGGUAUAAAAUAAGAGUCGUAGCUACGUGUAGGCAGUCAAAAUUCAUCUUCCUUCAUCGCAUGAUACUACAUGGCCAAAUUGCUUGGAUCUACAGUAUCAUUUGUAUAUUAGAUGUGUCCAGUAUAUAUAUGCUGAUCUUGGCUUGGAUUGGUUGGGUGGGGCAUGCACAUAUACGAUUGGAAAUUGAAGGAUGUAAAUAUAGCAAGACUACUUAAUUCCCCAUCUGUACACAUGUGUGAUUUGCAUGGUCCAUGGCUUCUUUUUAACCUCGUAACAAAAUGCUAAGCCAGAACCUUCUUCCAAGCAUGGUUACUAUGAGCUGCCUUCCUGCUGUUUAAUCUACAAAUUAAAAUAGUUUAAUGUUUGGGCCUCCUUUUUUUUCCCCCUCCCUUUCACCAAUACCUUGUCUUGCCUAUUCUCCUUGGCACAGUUGGAAACCCACAUUUUUCUAGAGGCAUCCUUAAUUACACCCAAAUACUGCAGCUUAGGUCAGGAAGAUGGUGAUGUAAGUGGAUUUACGGUACUUACUUGGAUUCAAUUCUAAUGCUUUUAUUAUGAAAAUGUAAUCUUAUGCAACUCAUUAGGAUAUUUAAAAAAAGAACAUGUCUGAAGAAAGAUGGAGAACCAUUUUUUUGUUACGGAAAUAUCACUGAAUUGUGUUGUGCAGUGUGACUAAUAUUUAAAGAAAUAAAGUAAGUUCCCUUGUUA